AUGGAAGGGGUUACAGUGAAACAAGAGGAGGAUAUUGUCACAGUAGUUGGUGAUGGUAGUAGUAGUGUAUGUUCAUUGAAUUCAGCUUCACCACGACCAACAGCAUCUUCUUCUUCUAUGGUGGUAUUGCCAAUGGAAGGAUUACAUGAAAUUGGUCCUCCACCAUUUUUGACAAAAACAUAUGAUAUGGUUGAAGAUCCACAUACUAAUUCAAUUGUUUCAUGGAGUAAAGCUCGUAAUAGUUUUGUUGUUUGGGAUUCUCAUGAUUUCUCAACUACUCUUCUUCCCAAGUUCUUUAAACACAGUAAUUUCUCUAGUUUCAUUCGCCAACUCAACACUUAUGGUUUUCGCAAGGUUGAUUCAGAGAAGUGGGAAUUUGCAAAUGAAUGGUUUCUAGGAGGACAGAAACACCUACUGAAGAAUAUUAAGAGGAGGAGACAUAUUUCGAAGAACACGCAACAAGGAGGUGGUGGUGGUACUGAUGGUUGUGUUGAGUAUGGAGGAGGACUUGGAUUAGAGAGUGAAGUGGAUACAUUGCGAAAGGAAAGAAGCUAUCUAAUGGUUGAAAUUCUGAAUCUUAGAGAAAAGCAAAAGCGUUCGCUGGACGAAUUAGUGUCUAUUCAAGAAAGGUUGCAGGGGACAGAAAGAAAACAGCAACUGACAAUGUCGUUUUUAGCUGAAGCUUUCAAGAAUCCUGCUUUUGUCCAACAGUUGAUUGAAAUGAGUGAGAAGAAGAAAGAAUUAACUGGUGGAGUUGCUAAGAAGAGAAGAUUGCCACCCUCUGGAAGCAUUGAGAAUUUUCAAAAUGAACUUGUUUCGGCUGCGAUGGAUACAGUUGAGCAUGAACAUAAUGUGCUUACUCAAAACCAGAAGAUGGAUUCUGGCACAUUUAAUGCAAACUCAAGUGACAUAGAUGAUAAGUAUUGGAAUGAAUUGCUGAUUGAUGAUUUCAUGGGUGCUAACAAAGCUGAAAAUGUUGACGGACAUUCUCCUUUGGAAAUCGAUGCUGAGGUUGAAGAUUUUUGGUGUAAAAGUGUACAUGGCUUAGUGGAGGAAAUGGCCUAUCUUGGAUCGACGGCAUGAAGAAAAUUGAUGAGUGCGAAUGGGAUUUUGCAAAUCUACUUGAAUCUCAGCGUGGGUACUUCACGAACUUGAACUAUUUCAUACAUAAGAAACUGAUUGUUGAGGCAAAAAUACUCGUGUUUGUAUAUAAACUGGAUAAGUAUCGGGCUCGUGGCAUAUAGAGCAAUAAAGGGGUUGUUGGUUGCUGAUGGAGAAGUAAACUAAAAGGGAUGCACUGAUCCAGGCUCUACUGUAUGUGCCUUCAGUUGUGUUGAUGGGUUGUUAUAGAAGCUUUGCUGUGAUUAUGAAGAAUGCUUAGAUUUGAAGAAAUUAUCGAUUACAUUGUCAGGAUUUUCUUUGGUUUUGUAGGUAGGAUGAGGUGAUGCAGGAGAACAUAGUAACAUAAUUCAGCAGAAAAUGAUAGAGGCGAAAACAAAGGGACUUGGGGAGCAUACUCUGUAUUUGGUAAUACUACUCGAUUAAUCUCUUAAUUAGCGCAUUUAUGUAUGUACAGAAGAGUCAUAAGUCUAUAAUGGUAAUGAUCAUAUGUUUGGUCUGUGAUAAAAUUGUUUAACUUGGGGUUUUAUAUAUCAGUAA